AUGGCGACAGCGCUGCUUCUGGAAUCCCUUCCUUCUCCUCAGCCUCAUUCCACUCCCAUGCACCCCCUUUUCCCAUCUGAGUCCCCGAGUCCCCCUUUCUCCCCACCCUCUCCCCUCUUCCCCUUCGCCCCCCCACCGCUUCCCGCAGCGCUGCGUCUGGGCGUUGACCAGCGCUGCGUCUGGGCGUUGACCAAGUCAACGCCAACCCGCACCUGCUGCCACGUCACCGCCUCGAUAUGCAGCUUCUGGACGGCGGCGCGACGCCGUUUCUCGGACAGCUGGCAGGUGAGAGACGGGGAGGCGAUGAAGAAGGAUCAGCUGCUCAUUGUCGGGCCAAUGCUGUCCCUCCCCCUCCUCCCCCCUGUUCCCCUGUCUCCUUCCCUUCCCCUCUCCACCUCCCUUCCCCUCAUCAGGUCUAGAGGCGAUGAAGAAGGAUCCGCUGCUCAUCGUCGGGCCAAUGCUGUCGGGACAGGUGGCGCUGCUUGGAAGCAGCCUCGGGAAUGCCGCCCAGUGGCCUAUGCUGCCACGGAUCCCACCCUCACUGUCAGCAUGGGCGGCUUUCCUUUGGCGCGCCUCACUAUACCUCACCUGUUCUCUCUUUUAUCUCUCCUUCUCUCCUUGUUCCUUCAGAUCCCCAUGGUGGCCUAUGCUGCCACGGAUCCCACCCUCACUGUCAGCACAGAGCGGCAAUUUGUCAUGCGGACGACCCACAGUGAUGCUGCUGAGAUGCAAGCAAUCGCAGUGAAUGUGCCCAUGGUGGCAUAUGCUGCUAUGGAUCCCACCCUCACUGUCAGCACGGAGCAGCAAUUUGUCAUGCGGACGACCCACAGCGAUGCUGCUGAGAUGCAGGCAAUCGCAGACAUCAUCCGGCAUCACGAGGAGGACAGGUGGAUGGAGGUGGUCACAGUUUACAUUGACAACCGCUUCGGUCGCAACGGCAUCGUUGCUCUCGAAUCAGCGCUGCAGAACAAGGACUCCAAGGCGAGGAUACCUUGCGCCAUACCGCGCGACAUCACGUGGACAGCAGGAGACGUGAAAGAGAGUUGUUGUUCCAAGGCGAGGGUAUCCCGAUCCAUACCGCUCGACAUCACGUGGACAGUGGCAGACGUGAAAGAGAAGCUGCUGCCUCUGGUGGAGCGGGAGGAGUCGACAGUCGUGGUGGUGCACGAUGCAGGGGGGCAGGACACAGGGCGAGUCUUCAUUGCUGGUAGGGAGGAGUGCUGCGUGUGUGCUGGUAGGGAUGGCGGUAUAGCUGCUAGAAAGAGCAGUGAUAGGGGUGUUGGUGGUGGGUUGCUGAUGGCCAUGGAGCUGGGCCUGCUGAAUGCCCCGUACGCGUGGAUAGCCACAGAGGCCACGUGGACGGUUGUGAUUAGCGGAGAUGACACGCUGGCACCCAUCAGGAAAGCCAUGGAGGGCGUGUUGGGCAUUCAGGCCUACCUGCCGCCAUCACCUGAGCUCGCCAGUUUCAACAAGCUCUGGAACAGUGUGGAUCCCAAACAGUACCCAGGCGCAGGGGAAAAGCCGGACAUCUACACGCUGCUGGGAUACGACACAGUCAUGUUCGUCACUCACGCCCUUCAGCAGCAAUACCAGCAGUACCAGUGCCACUGUUUCUGCUCCCCCUCUCUCCCUCUCUUUCCCCCCCAGCCGGACAUCUACACGCUGCUGGGAUACGACACCAUUAUGUUUGUCACUCACGCCCUCCAAACGGCUGUUGAUACUGGAGGGACAUCAUGUGGGGAGCAAGCGGCACUGCCAGAGUCGGUCGUUGGGCACAUUGCCAUCUCGCCCCUCCUCUCGAGAAUCAAAGUCAGACCAUACGGCGCUGCUCUUCGCGAGGUGCUGCUGCAGACAGAUAUAAAAGGGGUGACUGGAAGGUUGAAUCUGCUGCCCAACGGGGACCGGGACAAGAGCGAUUUGGAGGUUAUUAACGUGGUCAAUGGCACUGCUCGUGUAGUGGCGUACUGGCAGAGCAGCAGAGGCCUGUUGUCCACCACCAAGCGGCUGGUGCAGCGAGGGCGCAAUGACAGUUGGUCAACAGUUGUGUGGCCUGGAGGAUCGAAUCAGGUGCCCUGGGGGUACCUUCCCAAGAAGAAGCUCCGGCUGGCUGUACCUGUGAAAAUGGGCUUUCAUCAAUUCGCCAGCAUCGCCAGCAACACCACAGGGGGCGAAUCGGACCAAGCUGCUGUGGGAGGGUUCCCUGUGGCUGUCUUUCGGGCCACAGCAGCUCACCUCAAGUACCCGCUCCGCUUUGAGUUUGUGCCGUUCGGCAACGGCUCUUCCAACCCCAGCUAUGAUGAGAUGCUGCAAGCUGUUGCCGAUAAGAAACUCGACGGGGCGGUGGGGGACGUUGUCAUUACAAGCCAACGCACGCGCAUCGUCACCUUCUCAACCGCAUUCAUGGUCAUCCUCAAGUCUAUAGCAAUGGUCACUCUCGCGCCCAAGGACUCCAGCCCCUGGACGGCCUUCGUUUCCCUCCCCCCAUACACACGCGGUUCCAUGCUCCUUCCACCCUCUCCGCUCGCACCAGAGGACUCCAACCCCUGGACACCACUCUCCUCAAGCCUUGCGAUGGUGACGCUAGCGCCGGAAGACUCCAACCCCUGGACAGCCCUCGUGCCCUUCUCCCCCUCAAUGUGGAUGUGGCUCGGCAUAGCAGCAGUCCUCUUCGCCCUCACAAUCCUCUUCCUGGAACGCCACAACAACUCCCUCUUUCUGCAACACCCCGUCGAGGGAGCCACCAAGGCCGAGCGCUGCCGCUCGAAAGCCUUCUCGCUGCUGCAGGAUUUCUGGGAGGCUCUUUGGAUUUCCUUCCAGAGUUACUUUCUCGUGCCCAUGGAGGUUCACACGCUUCUGGCACGCGUGCCGGUGCUGGUGUGGUAUGGGUUGAUGCUGAUUCUGAGCACGUCGUAUACGGCCAACCUCACCUCUAUUUACACCAUCAACCUGCUCACGCCGCCCCUCCAGGCGCACUGGCAGCUGUGGUAUGGGCUGGUGCUCAUUCUGAGCACCUCGUACACGGCCAACCUCACCUCUAUUUACACCGUCAACCUUCUCACGCCACCCCUCCAGUCCCAGCUGGUGCCGCUGAACAGUGAGAGUGGCUACUACGAGGUGCUGAGAGCAGGGAGGUCCCAGCUGGUGCCGCUGAACAGUGAGAGCGACUACUACGAGGCGCUGACAACCAAGAGGGUGGAGGCGAUAGUGGAUCAGACGCCCUACAUCGCCCAGUUCAGCUCCCAGUAUUGCGGCAUGCUCGCCUUCCCCAUUGGUUCCCAUCUGGCUGAUGACGUGGCACAUGCGCUGCUCUACGUGGCACAAAGUGGAGAGCUGCAGAGGAUACGAGAGGAUGUCAUUGCGUGUGCCUUCAUGUGGGUGUGCAAUGUGCCUUCAUGUGGGUGUGCAAUGUGCCUUCAUGUGGGUGUGCAAUGUGCCUUUAUGUGGGUGUGCAAUGUGCCUUCAUGUGGGUGUGCAAUGUGCCUUCAUGUGAGUGUGCAAUGUGCCUUCAUGUGGGUGUGCAAUGUGCCUUCAUGUGGGUGUGCAAUGUGCCUUCAUGUGGGUGUGCAAUGUGCCUUCAUGUGGGUGUGCAAUGUGCCUUCAUGUGGGUGUGCAAUGUGCCUUCAUGUGGGUGUGCAAUGUGCCUUCAUGUGGGUGUGCAAUGUGCCUUCAUGUGGGUGUGCAAUGUGCCUUCAUGUGGGUGUGCAAUGUGCCUUCAUGUGGGUGUGCAAUGUGCCUUCAUGUGGGUGUGCAAUGUGCCUUCAUGUGGGUGUGCAAUGUGCCUUCAUGUGGGUGUGCAAUGUGCCUUCAUGUGGGUGUGCAAUGUGCCUUCAUGUGGGUGUGCAAUGUGCCUUCAUGUGGGUGUGCAAUGUGCCUUCAUGUGGGUGUGCAAUGUGCCUUCAUGUGGGUGUGCAAUGUGCCUUCAUGUGGGUGUGCAAUGUGCCUUCAUGUGGGUGUGCAAUGUGCCUUCAUGUGGGUGUGCAAUGUGCCUUCAUGUGGGUGUGCAAUGUGCCUUCAUGUGGGUGUGCAAUGUGCCUUCAUGUGGGUGUGCAAUGUGCCUUCAUGUGGGUGUGCAAUGUGCCUUCAUGUGGAGUGAGUGAGUCGCAACAGCAGCAGCAGCAGAAGUAUCCUGUCCAGCCAAUCAAGAGAGAGGAUGUGAAGCAGCGGCCGUGGCGGCAGAGGCAGCAGCGGAGCCUAGAGGAAGAUGAGGAGGUGCCAGGCAAAGCAGCAGCAGCAGGAGGGCAGCAGCAGGGGCAGCAGAAGGGGAAGCAGCGGCUUACUGUCUCAUUUAGCAGUACAGCCCACUUGGGCAGCAGCGCCAAAGGCGGCACCAGCAGAAGCAACAGCCGAUCGUGGUCCAAUCUCACCCGAGUAAAGACCAAUCUGCACCAGUCAUGGUCUGAACUGGUCUCGAUCUAUAACGACGGAUCGAAUGCCGUUUCCCUCCACUCUGCUUCUGCUGCUGCUGCUUCGGGUGCAAGCCCGCUUACCCGCGCGCUCACCACCACAGGCAGCAGCCCUCUUUCGAACCGAGCCCUAGAGGAGGAUGACGAUGAGGAGGAGGAGGAGGUGACAGUAAGGGAGGGAGUGGGGGCAUCUGAAGGACCAGCAACUGGCGCUACUGGUUUGGGAGCCGGCCAGUCGCUGGCCAAUCAGCAAGCGACACCUGGCAUGUCACCCCCACUGCCCGAGGCUGGGUCCCGAGGCUUGGUCCGAACCACAGCUGUGGUGGGUAAGAUCUGGAACCAUCUAGGUCCGGGGAAGCCGUGGCAGAAGAACCUGAAGGAGCAGCGAGAGAGAGUGGCUGCUAUGGGGACGUUUCAUCGGGAUUUGCUGCAACAAACGGCGGAUAGUCACUCACGAUCGAUAGAGAGGCUUAGAGAGUUGGGGCAGCAGAUGCCUUAUGGGGGGGUGGGGGAGGGACAUUUGGGUAUGGGCGUAUCUGGGCGCAUGGGCAGUGCCAUUGAGCGAGGGGAUCAGUUCAGUCGAAGGGUCUCUUUGGUUUCGGGAAGGAGGAUGGAGCAUGUGGUAUCAGAGCCACCGAGCGUGCUGAAUAGGCCUGGGUUGGAAUGA